AUGGGCCGGAUUCCUGGAGGAUACAUCACCAACCACGUGUACAGCUGGGUGGACCCCCGGGGGCGCAGCGUGUCCCCCCCACCGGAUGAGCAGGGCCAUAAGCAGGCCCACACCGCCAACGAGCGCACGGUGAAUUUGAACCUGGAGGACGGGCGCUCACUAGGGCUCAUGAUCAGGGGAGGAGCCGAGUACGGUCUUGGCAUCUACAUCACAGGAGUGGACCCUGGAUCCGCCGCAGACGCUGGGGCCCUCAAGGUGGGAGACCAGAUCCUGGAGGUGAAUGGGCAGAGCUUCGUGACCAUCUCCCACGACGAGGCGGUGCACAUCCUGAAGACCGGGCUGCAGCUGCUGGUGCGUGUGCGGGACGUGGGGAAGCUGCCUCACGCACGGACCAUCGUGGACCAGACCAAGUGGGCCGACCAUAGCCUCAGCCUCAACAGCAGUGCCCCUGUGAGUGAGAGCCCAGCGGGGGCCACAGAGAGCCCGCCCUCCAGUGCUCAGAGCCAUGCCGGCAGCCCCAACCCUGCAGUGACCUCAUCCCUCCACACGGGGCAGAACAGCACAGACACAGCACACUGUCCGGCCAGCACCAAGCAGCCCAGCAGUACAAGGCCGACAUCCGCUCGAGCAGCACCGACUUUAGGAAAGUCCGGAGGCUGCAGGGCUGUGGGGCCUCCAGGCCUGCAAGUGUCGCUGGAGCAGCAGGCCUACAUGUUACUGACGCAGACGGAGCGAGAGACCAUGACAUAUUACCUGCAGCAGUACCAGCAGGGACACAUCAGUGUGGAGCCCAUGGUCCUGGCCCUGUUUGAGCUUUUCAACACACAUGCCAAGUUAUCUCUUCUGUCGGAGGUGCGUGCUCUGCUCUCAGCCCAGGACCUGGAGCUGUUUGAUGGGCUGGUCCUGCACAGACAGAGGGAGGUGCCCCAGGCCUUUCACGGGGGUCUGGGGGUGAUGAGGCCCCCAGGACAUGCCGGACACACCGCAGCAGCUCAGGGGGCUGGGCCAGUGUUGGGCUGGAUGCAGCGACACCAGGAGGAGAACUUGAAUGCCUUACACAACAUGGUGCUGGAGGACAUGCAGGUGAGACAGUCCCCUCCCCUGUUCCGACCCCCGAGUCGCUGCGGCAGAGAGAAGACCAGCUCCGCCCGCCUGGUUCAGAUUGGUCCUAACCGCCUCCUGCAGGACUGUCUCCACAAGUCCAUGAGGCCCUCUUCCCCUCGCGGCUGUCCCGAACCCCACGCCUCCUCUCACGCUUGUCCCGGACCCCACACCUCCCCUCACACCGGUCCCGGACAUCACGCCUCUUUGUCCGCCUUGUGUCCUCAGCCCGAGACCCUCCCCCACCAUUGCCAUCCUCACUUGGGACGCCCCCCAUCGGGAAACCGCUGCUCCCUGUUUGUGCAUUCGAACUCUGCACCGGCUAAAGCUGAGGCCUACUCUCGCUCCAGCUCUUAUGAGAAGUCGUGUGUGUCGUCCCGGUCGGGCUGUUCGUCCAAAGGCGUGUCUCCGCUUGCCUCUCCGCACCCUUCCCCUUGCGCCUCACCGUGCCCUGCCCUGGUGACCACCACCCCCUCUCACUGCUCCCCUGACGCGCCCUGCUCCCCUGCCCUGGCCCACCGUGUCAUCACGAAUGGCAACCGCCUCACAGCCGACUGCAGGACGCAACAGAGAGGGGGCACUCUCUCCCAGUUGUCGGACAGUGGGCAGACGCUGAGUGAGGACAGCGGCGUGGACAUCGCAGAAGCCGGGGCCCUGAGUAAAGACGGCAGCCCUCGCCCUUGUAAGAGCCAGCAUGGGACAGAGGGGCCCGGGACACACACGCCGCCCGCCGCUGUCACCAGGCCGCUGAUGUCCCCGGUCCCUGUGGCUUCUGCAAUGUUAGUCCGCGUCAUGAGGAACUCCAACACUCUGGGCAUCGCUAUCGAGGGCGGGGCCAACACACGGCAGCCUUUACCGCGCAUCGUCACCAUACAGAAAGGAGGCUCGGCCCACGCGUGUGGUCGUCUGCGUGUGGGUCACGUUCUCCUGGAGGUGAAUGGCGUUGCUCUGAGGGGCCGCGAGCAUAAGGAGGCCGCCCGCAUCAUCGCCGAAGCCUUCAGCGCCAAAGAUCGAGACCACGUGGACUUCCUGGUUCUUGAGCCAGGACUAUAG